CUUUUCCCCAUCUCUCUUUACUUUUCCUUCUCUUCCAACUUACGCGAAUCAAUUAAACUAAAAACAAAAUUCAUAAAUUUUUUUCAUAUAUAUAAUACUCUCCUUAGCCGACCAAUUCAUUCUCUCCCGAGCUUUUCCCUCUUUUUUUUUUUCUCUUAAGCAAUCAAAAACAAUGGGAGAAGAAGACAUUACUACUAGUAUCCAAGUUCUUCAUGAAGAAGAUGAAGAAGCACUUUCUCUUUGUGAUCUUCCUUUAGAAUAUUUAGAUACCAAAAACAGUCCUACAAAUGAUCAUUUGCCUAAUUUAAAGCAUACCCGAACCCAGAAAUCAUCAUCCGAGUACGACCCAGAAUUUUUCGAGUUCUUCAGCGACAAAAACGGUUCCCAUAUGUGCCCGGCCGACGACUUAAUCUUUGGUGGCAAGCUCGUUCCUUUGAAACAACAACAACAACAAUACUUUCCGAGUCAAACUCAAAGCCAUGUACUUUUUCGCAAACGAUCCGAGUCACUUUCCGAGUUACGUACCCAAAACAGAGCUGUUCUUCUUAGGAAUAGUCGUUCUUUGGAUUACCAAAAGCCGAAGCUUCAUCGGUCUGAUAUGGCGGAGAGGAACUCUAAACCCGAGGUUUCUUCGCCUAAAAAGGUGGUUAAGCCAAGGUGGUACGUUUUCAUGUUUGGGAGUGUUAAGUUUCCGCCGGAAAUGGAGCUUAAAGAUAUAAAAAGUCGGCAAUUCCGUCGGAAUCCGGCAGUUAUGUUUCCCGAUGACGGCAAAAAGAUGGGUGAUAACCGGAGCUCCGACAAGGGUUCUUCUUCUUGGUGUUUGUUAAAAGCGUUGAGUUGCAGGGAUUAUACUAGCGUUGCCGUAACGUCGUCGUUUCACUUGUCCCAUGCCUGAUAAUACUGAGAUUAGGAGAUUAAUUAUGGUUCAUGCAAUUUCUUAUGUACAUUUUUACCCUGCUAAUUUUUAUGAAUGGUAGGGCAUUUUGGUAAUUCCAUAUCAAAAUACUAAUAAUAAUUAUCAUGAUCAUUACAAUU